GACUACGCGGAGGCGCCGAAGUGCCAGUAACGGACAGCGGCCAGCUCGGCGGGGCCAAUGCGUGUGUGUAUGUGAGCGGCGUCUGUACGGGUGAAUGGAGUGAUCGCUCCGCUUCAAGGAAUCCUUUCGUCGCCCUCAGGUAAGAGAUUUUUAGAGAUGCCUUGCCAUGGUAAAAUCAUCGUGAUAAAAAGAAGUGGCGUCGAUGGAACACAUUUUCCACUGACGGCAACCACAUGUUUGUUUGGAAGGAAGUCAGAAUGUGACAUCCGAAUUCAGCUGCCACAUGUUUCCAAAGAACACUGUAAAGUUGAAGUCAAGGAAAAAGAGGUGUUUGUCUCCAAUUUAAGCUCUGUGAACCCAACUCAGCUGAAUGGACAUGCUCUUAAACAGACUGUACGCCUCAAACAUGGAGAUAUUAUCACUAUUAUUGAUCGCUCUUUUAGAUUUGAGAGUUCUCAGCCACAAGGAAGGCGGCGCUCUGCAGGGCUUGAUUCUGAAAAUUUUAAGUUAUUUGUCAGUAACCAGUCUGAAGACACAAAUGAAACUGUGCGGAUAGAAAGUAUAACCAAUAAAGUCCAGAGAAAAUCUGAAGGCAAUCUUACCAGAGCAACUCAUACUCGCCGAUCGCUGCAGGCCAGUUCAUCAGAUGCAAAGGGAGACCAUUCUCCUUUCGGUGAACUCUAUAAAAUGCUAAAAAGCGAGGUAGAGCCUAGGAAAAAAGGUACCAGUCAGACCCCAGCAAAGGAAAGCUCUCCAAAAAAUGCGAACAUAAAAAGGAAUUUACAGGCCGAAGAAGUUUCUCCAGCCACAUCCAGGCGGAACUCCAGAAGUCAGUCAGGUGACAGCGCAACAGUUCAAAGCCAAGAUAUAAAGGUGGAUCGUAGAUCCGUUUCUGCUGACCCGGUCAGGGAACAGUCAAAAAGCCCUCUAAGAGGGCCAAGAACCUCCCUAACCAAACAGAAGCAAGGCAGUGCAGUGAAAGCAAAUAGUCCUAUCAGUUCAAAUAAAUCUGUGCAGAACACCCCAACACAUGAAGAGGCUGCCCAGAGUCCAAGGAGAAUGUCCGGCAAACAAGUAUCUAGUUCUCAAGAACAAGAGGCUUCAGUUGUCUCUCCGGAAAGACAAUCUCCUAGAAGAUCUAGAAGUGCCGGGGGAAUCCAGGUGGAGGGUCUUGUGACCUCACCAGCUAGUUCUAGCCCUCGGAGAAGCAGAGGUCAGUCCGUUCCACAGCCAACUGGUAUAGAGAAUCAAGAAAAUUCUCCACUGCCAAUUCAGUCCCCUAGGGGGAGACGAAGUGGGUCUAAAGAUCAGACUAUGGGAUCACCAUCUAAGCCUGUUGAGACUGAAGAAAAUGUAAAUAAACCUGGCCAAGGACUUGCAAAAAAAUCUCCAAGAAAAAGACGAAGUGAUGAACUUGGCCUGGCUGAACCACCCCUUAAAAGGAAGAGAGUCUCUUUUGGUGGACAUUUGAGCCCUGAGCUUUUUGAUAAAAGGCUUCCUCCAAAUUCUCCCCUUAAGAAGGGAGCAACUCCUGCUAGACGAAGCUUGUCGCUCAACUCCCCACGUACUGUUAUUCGAAAGAGUUUUGGUUUAAAGCAGACUGUGAUAAGGGAAGUUUUUGAAGCGUCUGCUACUCGGCUUUCAGGCUCUCCAUUAGCUAGAUCCACAACACCAACUAGGAGAAUUUCAGCCUAUGCAGCAGCACAUAAUCUAUUGCCUGGUGCAGUCACAGCCUUGGUGUCCUCUCCAAAAAGGAGAUCCUCAGCUGUUAACAAGUCACCAAGUAAAUCUCCAUCCUCUAAUACCAUAACACCUGUUAAACAAUCGCCAAACAAAAGAUCUCCAUCCAUGGCUCUGACCCUUACACCACUUAGAACCUCUCCGUCCACUAGGUCACAAGUCAUUUCUCCAUCCAGAACUCCAGAUAAGAAGACUCCAGAAAAGUCUGAGCUCUCAGGUUCUGCCAAGAGGUCCUCUGUCUCAAAAUUGCCAGAUUCAGCCAAAAAGUCACCAGUAAAAUCAUUGCCUCCCACCCCUGUUGGGAAAACUUCAGUGACCAUAUCCACAACACCAUCUAAGAGAUCUCCUUCUUCCAGAUCUACCAUGCCAGUGAGGCAGUCCCCGAUAAAAUCUGAAGCCUUUACACCUGCUAAAUCAUUCACCCCAGGCAAGCGGUCGCCAGGAAAAUCUCCAUCCAAAACUCCUGCCAAGCUGUCCACCCCAGGCAAAAGGUCACCAGCAAAGUCCCCAUCCACAACCCCAGGCAAGAGGUCACCAGGAAGACCUCCAUCCACAACUCCAGCUAAAAAAUCUCCUUCAACCAGAUCUCCCAUUCCAGUGAAGCAGUCGCCAAUAAAAUAUGAAGCCGCUACACCUGCUAAAUCAUCCACCCCAGGCAAGAGGUCACCAGGAAGACCUCUAUCUGCAACUCCAGCUAAAAAAUCUCCUGUUAAAUUGUCCACCUCAGGCAAGAGGUCACCAGGAAAAUCUCCAUCCAAAACUCCUGCUAAGCUGUCCACCCCAAGCAGAAGAUCACCAGUAAAAUCCCCAGCCAAGCAAUCGCCCAAGUUGCCUACCCCAGGCAAGAGGUCACCGGGAAGACCUUCAUCAACUCCAGCUAAAAAUUCUCCUGCUAAAUUGUCCACCCCAGGGAAGCGGUCACCAGGAAGACCUCCAACUCCAGCUAAAAAUUCUCCUGCUAAAUUGUCCACCCCAGGCAGAAGAUCACCAGCAAAAUCCCCAGCCAAGCAAUCGCCCAAGUUGCCUACCCCAGGCAAGAGGUCACCGGGAAGACCUUCAUCAACUCCAGCUAAAAAUUCUCCUGCUAAAUUGUCCACCCCAGGCAGAAGAUCACCAGCAAAAUCCCCAUCCACUACCCCAACCAAGAAAUCUAAGCUGUCUACCCCAGGCAAGAGGUCACCGGGAAGACCUCCUUCCUCAACUCCAGCUAAAAAUUCUCCUGCUAAGCUGUCCACUCCAGGCAAAAGAUCACCUGCAAAAUCCCCAUCCACAACUCCAGCCAAGAAGUCUAAGUUGGCAACACCAGGCAAGAGGUCCCCAGGAAAAUCUCCAGCCAAAACUCCUGCUAAGCUGUCCACCCCAGCCAAGAAAUCUCACAAGUUGCCUACCCCAGGCAAGAGGUCACCAGGAAGACCUCCCUCAACUCCAGCUAAAAACUCUCCUGCUAAAUUGUACACCCCAGGCAAGAGGUCACCAGGAAAAACUCCUGCUAAGCUGUCCACCCCAGGCAAAAGAUCAUUAUCCAAAUCUCCAUCCAAGAAGUCUCAGUUGGCAACCCCAGGCAAGAGGUCACCAGGAAAAUCUCCUGCUAAAUUGUCCACGCCAGUCAAAAGGUCACCAGGGCGACCUCCAGCUAAGAAGUCUCCUGCUAAAUUAACCCCAAGCAAGGGAUCUCCAGGAAAAUCUCCAUCCACAACCCCUAAGAAGUCUCCUGCCUCAAAAUCUCCAACAUCGGUCAAGAAAUCUCCAGCAAAGCGUUCUCCAUCCACACCAUAUACCAAGGGGCGAUUCUCAAUUUCUCGUGUGGAUACACCACCCAAGUUUGUACAGGAUAUUUCUGCAUCAAAGACACCAAAGCGAUCUCGGAAGUCCAUGACCUCCAAGAAAACUCCUCUCAGAAGAAGCAGAAAACUUGAGGCCUUUGAAGCUAUUCGUGCCAGACGACGCAGUGGCGCCUCAGAGGCCAACUUGUAUGUGGUUAAAUCAUGGGCUGAUGUGGUAAAAAUUGGUGUUGCAAAGGCUCAAAAGAAAAUUGAUAAACCUUCCAAGAAGACAGUAGUGGCUAAGAAGAUUACAAAGAAGAAACCCAAGCCGAAGACUCCAAAACGAGUAAAGGAUCUGGCCAGCACAGGCCAUGCAGAAUCUCCUGCAACUAUCCUUAUUGGAAGAGCUCACACAAGACGAUUGACCUUAACUGGCUACGUACCAAAGGUGGUCAGAAAUGAGGCUGUGAAAGUGAACCUUGCUCACAAUGAAAGCUUUACUGGUAUAGCUGAGUUAUUCAGCACACCUGUGAAUGCAAAACAGCGGAGAAGUGGCAGAUCUGAUGGUUCUAAAGCAGCCACACCAAAGUCAACAGUUGAAAUGUCUGUUAUCCAGACACCAGAGGAGUCAGAUGAAAUGAUGGUUUCACCAUUAAGCAGUCGCCCUACAACUCAACGAAAGCAAUAUGGCAGAGAUGCUGUUUCUAGGCUGCUGGAGGUUUCACUGUCACCAGAAUUGCGUAAAGUUAACAGUACCGUGUCUGAAAAUGCUGAGCAAGAAGCCUCAAAAUCUGCUGGCAAAAAACGGGAAUCAUUUGGUCUUACAGGGGUGAAGCGCAUUAUGAAAACCCCAAAGCGAAAAGGAAAACCUGUUGCCGAUCCACAUGCACUGAGGAAAUUAUUGAAGACGCCAAAAGAAACCGAAUCCGCUCAAACAUUAACCCGUAGAUCAGCUAAACUUGAAGUGCUUGGCAUUGCACAACUCGUAAAUCAGAAGGGAGGACUUGUGGAAGACUUUUCUGGUGUCAAGAGAAUCCUAAAGACUCCCAAACAAAGGGGACAACCUGUGGCAGAUUAUAUUGGUAUGAAGCGCAUCAUGCGGACACCUAGGGAGAGAGGACAGCCAGUGGAAGAUAUGGUUGGAAUAAAACGCUUAAUGAGGACACCCAAGGUGAGAGGGCAACUGAUUGAGGAUAUUGACUUAAGUCGCUUGAUGAGUACACCUGUUGACAGCACCCAGUCAGCUGAAAAUACCCGUCCUAUAGAGGAGAUUUUUGGCAUGAAAAACCUUGUGAAAACGCCUCCAAAGAAAUCUGCAGCUGAACAGGCUUUGACUAUCGAUUCCAGAAAUGACAGUGAAGUUUUAAAAUCUGCUGGAGCAAGCUCUGCAAAGAGAGGAAGACCUUCCAAGCGCCUUUCCCUUUCAGCUGAAACUGAUACGGCAGUGAAUGAAGUACAGAAAACAAUGGCAGUGGCAGAGUCUGAGAUUGCACAGGAAUCUGGUGUGCAAAGUAUCAGUGAGGUUAUUAAAUCUGCCCACAAAAAAGGCAGACUAUCUAAGAAUUUGCAAGCCCCACCAGAAUCUGAAAUUACUAAAUCUUCUGCAAUUGUUGAAGCAACCUCGCCUUCUCUAAGAGGAAGACCUAGAACUGCCCCUGAAGUACAAAAGGAGCCUCAAGCUUCUGAUGGUGAUGUGACCUCACCUGUGCGUAGAGGAAGACCUAGAAGCACUGUUCUAUCUCCUGUAGCUGACAGCGUAACUUUACAAGCAGAUGAGGGAGCCAUUUCACAAAUACAAUCCGAAUCAUCUGUUUCUGAUGUGGUAAUGUCAGCUUCACGUAGGGGAAGACCAAGAAGUGCUGCAGCUCCUAAGGAAUCUGUUACUGAAGUGACAUCGCCUUCACGUAGAGGAAGACCAAGUUCUGCUGCAACUAAGGAAUCUGUUACUGAAGUGACAUCGCCUUCACGUAGGGGAACACCAAGAAGUGCUGCUGCAGCUCCUCAGGAAUCUGUUACUGAACUGACAUCGCCUUCACGUAGGGGAACACCAAAAAGUGCUGCUGCAGCUCCUCAGGAAUCCGUUACUGAAGUGACAUCGCCUUCACGUAGAGGAAGACCAAGUUCUGCUGCAACUAAGGAAUCUGUUACUGAAGUGACAUCGCCUUCACGUAGGGGAACACCAAGAAGUGCUGCUGCAGCUCCUAAGGAAUCCGUUACUGAAGUGACAUCGCCUUCACGUAGGGGAAGACCAAGUGCAACUGCAGCUCCUCAGGAAUCUGUUACUGAAGUGACAUCGCCUUCACGUAGGGGAAGACCAAGUGCAACUGCAUCUCCUCAGGAAUCCGUUACUGAAGUGACAUCGCCUUCACGUAGAGGAAGACCAAGUUCUGCUGCAACUAAGGAAUCUGUUACUGAAGUGACAUCGCCUUCACGUAGGGGAACACCAAGAAGUGCUGCUGCAGCUCCUAAGGAAUCCGUUACUGAAGUGACAUCGCCUUCACGUAGGGGAAGACCAAGUGCAACUGCAUCUCCUCAGGAAUCUGUUACUGAAGUGACAUCGCCUUCACGUAGGGGAAGACCAAGUGCAACUGCAUCUCCUCAGGAAUCUGUUACUGAAGUGACAUCGCCUUCACGUAGGGGAAGACCAAGUGCAACUGCAGCUCCUCAGGAAUCUGUUACUGAAGUGACAUCGCCUUCAGGUAGAGGAAGACAAAGUUCUGCUGCAACUAAGGAAUCUGUUACUGAAGUGACAUCGCCUUCACGUAGGGGAACACCAAGAAGUGCUGCUGCAGCUCCUAAGGAAUCCGUUACUGAAGUGACAUCGCCUUCACGAAGAGGAAGAGCUAGCGGAACUUUAGCAAAAGAGAGCCUUCCUGCUGAGGAAAUAACUUCACCUACACGUGGAGGAAGACGUAGUGCUAGUUUGAAAGCAGCAGAAGAAUCACAUCCAGAGUCGCAGGAGAUUACAUCACCUACACGUAGGGGAAGGUCUAGCCUAACCGCAGAAGUAACAAAAGAGCUAGCUCCUGCUGUGGAGAUUACUUCACCAUCACGUAGAGGUAGACAUAGCACAACUUCAGAUGUUGCAAAAGCACCACAUCUGGAUUCCUAUGAUGAGAUCACUUCACCUAAACAUAGGGGAAGACCUAGCGCACCUGAAGCCCCUAGUGAGUCUGUUCCAAAUGAGUUGACUUCACCUUCUCGUAGAGGAAGAUCUAGUACAACUACAGGAGAAGCAAAAGACUCUCUUCAAGCUGCUCCUGAGAAGAUUACUUCACCUACACGAAGGGGAAGACCAAGUUCCACUGCAGAAGCUACCAAGGAAUCUGAUAAAACCGCUGAUCUAAAGAUGGCUUCUCCGUCCAGUAGUAAAAAAUCAAAGAGCACUCCUGAGAAACUUAAGGAAUCUGAAUCAGUUUCUGAUGUCAAAGUUAUAUCACCAUCACGUAGGGGAAGGUCUGUAGAAGCAGCAAAGGAAUCUGUGCCAGUUGCUAAUAAAGUGGCUUCACCAACACGCAGAGUAGAAGUCCAGAUCACAGAAACGAUACCCAAGGAAUUGGACUCUGCUACAAAUGAAAAAGUUAAGAAUACCAGAGGGAGACCCCAGAGGGCAGAAGAUCUUUCCAAAGAAUCUGCAUCUGUUGUAGCAGCAACGCUACAGAGUCGUAGAGGAAGAUCUAUAGACCCUGUAGAAGUACCCAAGGUUUCUACUAAGGAACCAGUCUCUGAGGUUGUUUCAUCCCGUAGAGGAAGGCCUAAAGCUUCUAAAGAAUUACCCAAAGAGCCUGCGAUAGUAACAGAAGAAGCACCUACGACUCGCAGAGGAAGAGCAAAAAUCCCUGCAGAUGUUCCUGAAAAAGUUGCCGAUGUAUCUCAGACACGUAGAGGAAGGCCUAAAACUGAUCUUCCUGAAGUGCCUGUUAGUUCUGCAAGUGAAGACCUAAUAUCUACACGGAGGGGAAGACCUAAAGCUGCCUCAGUGAUUAAAGAGCCUGUUCCAGCGGAGAGUGGUGACGUAACCUCUCCUGCACGCAGAGGAAGAACAAAGGUUGUAGAGGAACAUAAAGAGCCUGUUCCAGCAGCAAAUGAAGCCAGCUCUCCUACACGCAGAGGAAGACCUAAAACUACAGAUAUUCCUAAAGUGCCUCUGCCAGCAGCAGGUGAUGUGACUUCUCCCACCCGAAGAGGAACAAAGCUUUCAGAGCAACCAAAGGAGCCCGUUCAAGCAGCAAGUGAUGCAACCUCCCCUACACGCAGAGGAAAAGCUAAAGCUGCAGCAUUGGUUAAACAGCCUGUUCCAAAAGAGAAAAGUGAUGUCUCCUCUCCUGUACGCAGGGGAAGAACAAAGGUUGCAGAGGAGCAAAAAGAGCCUGCUCCAGAAGCAAGUGAUGCAACCUCUCCUACACGCAGAGGAAGAGCAAAGCUUGCAGAGCAACCUCAAGAGCCUGUUCCAGCAGCAAGCGAUGUAGCUUCUACACGUAGAGGAAGACCUAAAACUGCAGAUAUUCCUCAAGAGCCUGUUCCUGCAGCAGGGAAUGUAACCUCUCCCACCCGCAGAGGAAGAACAAAGCUUUCAGAGCAACCUAAAGAGUCUGUUCCAGCAACAAGUGAUGUAAGCGUACCUACACGCAGAGGAAGACCUAAAACUAAAGGCAUACCUGAAAAAACUGUUCCAGACAGUGCGGCAAUAUCGCCUCUACGCAGUGGAAGACUCCAAAACAGCGAAGAAAGUAAAGAAUCUCUUCCAGUUACUGCGGAGGUCACGCCGCCUAAACGUGGAGGAAGAUCUGCGAGGGCUACAGAAAAAAAAGCAGAAGUUUCAGACGAUGCAACGAUUAUGGCCAAAACAGAAAAAAGAUCCGUCCCUCGACAGACUGCUAAAAACCGUAAACAGAAUGUUGAAGAGCUACCACAAGCGGAAGAUGUGUCUCAGGCAGUGGAGUCGAACACCACAUCUGUACAGCCUGCUCCACCACGAAGAGGCAGAGGAAGAAAAGCUGUGCAAAAUGAGCCGCCUACAGCUGCUGCAGAUGUUGCUGACCCUAAACCAGAGGAAACUAAGUUGACGGCAAGACGCAGAGGCCAGUCCAAGAACUUGGAUGAAACGUCAAAGGAAUCUGAUGUUCCUGACCAUGCAAAGAGUCCAGAAGCUAAAUCUGAUAAAAGAUCGUCCAAGAAUCAGAAAGCUAUACAGCCUGUUGAGGAGCCAACUAAGAACAUGCGUGGUAGGCAGAGCAGAACUGCUCAGAAGGUUGACGCUGCAGAGACCAGCAUAUCAGAAGUCACUAAAUCCACAGAUUCCCCUCAGAAAUCUCCUGCAAAGGGGAGGUCCAGAGCAAGAGAAACCAGCGAUGUGCCUGCAGAGGGACAAGAACAGGUAUCCAAACAAAGAGGAAGACGAAAAAAUCAGAGUGCAAACGAGACUCCUCAGGUGCAAACUGAAUCUAGAUCCACCCGAGGUAAGAGGGGCUUAGCUGACAGUGAACAACCUCAACCAGUUGAAAUAAAAAAGACAACAAGGGGCAAAGCUUCAGGCGAGAGUGUUGGUGAAGAAAAGCCUUCAAAAGCAAAAUCUGUACAAUGGCACCCUCUGCUGGCCACUAAUGAAAAAGGAACAGAUGAAGUUGAAGAAACUGCUACUGAGGCUCCUUCCCGUGGUGGUAGGUCUAAAGGUAGAACGAAACCUGACACAUCAGAGCCAGUCUCUGCUAAAAGAUCGCGUAGAGAAAAUCUUGAAGACGACAAAUCUGUACCUCCAGCUAUCUCUGAAACCAAUACUGCAUCUAGUAAAGGAAAGAGAGGCAGAAAGCCUGCAAUUCCCCAGGAACAGGUGGAGGAAGACAAACCUUCAGAUAAACAAUCUGCCUCCGAGACAGCAAAGUCUUUGGGUAAACAAGCUUUAAAACCAACUCGAGGAAGGAAAGCAGCAGCAUCUAGCAAGGAUUUGGACAGUGAGAACAAUGAGGUGGAUACUACUGUUGUGCCAGCUUCAAGAGGAAGGAGGGGUGGUACUGCUGCCAGCAUUGCACCCGCAGAGAGCACAAACCAAUCCCCAGCUAAAGACAAAAAACAGAAAAAAGCUAUUUUGGCUAAAAAGAGCAGCAUUGAAGCAGAAGAGGUGGCGGCAAAACCAGCAAGAGGUGUAAAAAGGAGAAAUUUGGCAAAUGAAAGCAAUGACAAUGCCUCGGCUAACCAUGCAGACACAGAGAGUGUCCCUUCUGUCCAUGGAAAAAGAAAUGCAAGGAAUACAAAGGCAGAAAAAGACCAACCCACUAAAGAAUCUUCAGUAGAAAAAAGAAUGGUCAGUUCCCCAGCAAAAAGAAGGAAAACUGAGGCAGCUACUAGUGUGACUACAACAAUAGGGAAAUCAAAACAGACAACUGAACACGUAGAAGCAGCUGUAGUAACAAAAGGCAGAGCAAGCACACGCAGCAGAAAGUAAUCAGCAAUCCACCCGCUCUCCAGAUUUGUAAAAUAGAUUAUAUAUUCUCACCUAGUGAUAGAUCAGUUUAAAUCUUUUUUUGUAAGUGGUUUUAAGAAAUCUUAAUGUUUUUAAAUUCUAUAGCACUGCUUUUUUUUUUCAUCGAAAUUGUACAUUUUUUAUAUUCAAAUUUUUGUUUUUAAAUCUUAUUUUGUCAUAAAAAAAAAACUUGCGCAUAAUAACUGUGACUGAAAAUUUAAUCGUUUUUUCUUUCCCAGAUUCGUUUAACAUGGUUUUAUUUGCUAUGUAUUAGGUUGGUGUACAUGUCCGAUAAGUUGCCAGUCUUUUUUUAUAUAUUAUGUGUGGUUUAUAAUAAAAUAUUGGAAUGAUUCUCGUCCCAUUUCUAUUUUCCCGUUGCUCCAAUGUGGUGCUGCGAGAUUGUAUUCGGAUCAUUCCAUUCUCUGGCUUUCUGUAAUUAUAACUUUUGAGCCAAAUCACAAAAUGUCUUAAGUAUUUGUUGUGGACUUCAUAUCAAAGUAUUUAAUUCUUUUUUUUUAUUUUUUUGUAAUAUAUCUCAAAGCUUUUUUUUUUUUUUUUUUUACCACAAUAGCUGAUAAAGUGUGGUGUUAAUGUUUUUUUGUUAAGCUGUUUACUGCUGUGUGAUGGAAAGCUAAAGCACCAUACAUUUCUUUUUUACAAAGGCUAAAAAUAAAAAUUCCGUCCAGUUUUUUAUGUAAUUGUGGCAGCUUUUUUUUUUUGGUUUUAAACGUUUCUAAUCUUACAACUCAAUACAUUUCUGAAGGGUCGAAAAAUGUUAAAGAAACUCAAUUGGGUAGCCAUGUUGUAGUUUUGAACUGUUAUUCAUGGGCUGCAGCCAAGGAAAUGGUUUUACAUGAAUGUUUUUAACAUGAAGUGCCUCAGCAAUUUUUCUACACAUGAUUAAUUCAUAGUACAAUAUGGCUACUUUGUGGUUUUUUAGAUGAGCAGUGUUCAGAUGUUCGAUUUAAUAUUUGGCGUGGGUUUUAUGUGAUUCCCAACAACUGGUGGUUUAGGGGAUUUUAUUUUACUCUUCUGUGUGAAAUCACAGUACCGUACCUACAAACGGUCUGUCUUGGCCCUAAAUCAGCCAUGGGCUGUCAUUCAGCAGAAGAAUAUUUUUUUGUAUUACUUUACACCUAAACAUUGGUGUAAGUGAGACAAGUCCAGUAUGGUCACUGACCUCUGUACAACCAUUGCUCAGUUGAUUGUGGGCCAUGUUCACUAGUGCCUUCAGGUGGACACGUAGAAGUCUUGAUUUCUGGCAUGGAUGCAGAAAGGGUAAAAUGUGGACAGGACCCAGAAAAAAAAUGUAAUUUUAGUAUGAGUUUUACUGGUACAGAAUACAAAAAGGGCAGAGGCACAUAGGAAUGUAAGAGGUGAUCUCCCAACUAUGAUGUAUUUUAUAGCACCCAGUCUGAUAUAUUUACUGUAACCGGCAGCUGGUAACCUGAUUGCUGUGGCCUAAGAUACAGUAAACUGGUGCAGAAUGUCACAGCUUGUUCAACUGUGGCUGGUUAAAAGCAGGGGACCUCUCAAAUAUGUGAAUGUAAAAAAAAAAAAAAAAUUCAAUUUAUUUUUUGGUGCCUUGCUAAAAAAAAAUUGGCAACUUUUGGUAAAAAUGAAACCUUGCAAGCCCAAAUAAUGAUUAGAACUGGGCCAGCUCAUGCCAUUGCUUUAUGGGUGAUCAUGCAACUUGUGACUCUGAAGCAGUUGGGUUAUAACUCAGAUUUCUGCUGUAAGAUUGAAACCAGUAACAUGAAUCAAUUUUAAAGCCUUUCAUGAAUGUAAAAAAAAAAAAAAAAUAGGUGGAACUCCACCAGUAAAGGAUUGUACAGUCUUUUGUAUGAGAAUGUUGCAUUUUGUGUUUAAUGCCAAAUUUUACAUAUCCUGUAAGACGGAUUCUCUAUCAAACAUGAUUUGUAAACGCUCAACAAUAAAUUAUAUUUUCUGGAUUUCA